CGCACUUUGGAGUCGCCCGCGCUCGACGACCAGGUUCGAGUCUCCGUCUCCGCCGCCAUGGCAGACGCGGAGCUGGAAGCCGAGGGCGGCAGCGAGGAUGGCGGCGGCGGCGGCGGCGAUCGGGGUCCUCCCGGCCAGAGUGGCAGCGCAGCGCGCCUGGCCCCGCUGGGCCCCGACCAGCUGUGGCGGGUCCUGGAGCAGGUGACGAAGGCACAGCCGCCGGUCGAGCCGCCGCCGCCGCCCUUCAUGCUGCAGGACGCGGCGCGGCGGCUGCGGUACGCGGCCAAACAGGCUGCCCUGCAGCGGGGUCCGGGCGACGAGUCCCCGCGCCCGCCGCGUCUGCUCCCGCCCCAGCAACUAGAAGCCAUUUGUGUCAAGGUGACAUCUGGAGAGCCUAAAUGUCAGGAAAGGCCAAUGCCCCUGUUGGCUACCAUCCAGCCCAAAACACCAAGACAGAGCCAGCCCUCCAGCAGCAGUUCCAGCCGUGUGGGACUUUGUGUCACUAACCCUCAGCUGCUCAAGAUUCAGCCCCUCAUGAGAAUCAGGCCCCUGCCGUGCUUUCUGAGUGACUUGCCUCAGCCUCCUGCUCAGGUGUUCAUACAGAGGCCACUGCCUGCCCCCCAACAAGUCCCUGCAAAGAUACUCACAACCCCUAAGCCUUCAAAUGGACAGGGCUCCACAUUGACUCCUUUGUCAGCCUCUGACCCACCAGUGGUAACACCUGUUUCAUCCAGUUCAGCUCAUUUAUUUAUUUCCAACUUGCAUACAAAACAUACUGAGAAAUUAAAAAAAUCUUUAAAAGUGAAAACACGUUCUGGACGGAUAUCUCGGCCUCCGAAAUAUAAAGCUAAAGAUUAUAAAUUCAUAAAAACAGAGGAUUUGGCAGAUGGUCAUCUGUCAGAUUCUGAUGAUUAUUCAGAACUAAGUGUGGAAGAAGAUGAGGACCAGAGGGACAAGCAGGCACUCUUUGACUUAUCAAGCUGUUCUCUGAGGCCCAAAACUUUUAAGUGUCACACUUGUGAAAAAUCCUACAUAGGAAAGGGGGGACUUGCCCGGCAUUUUAAACUUAAUCCAGGGCAUGGCCAGCUGGAACCUGAGAAGCUGCUCUCUGAGAAAGCUGGUGGGAGUGUGAUCCAAGGGUGCCUGGAGGAAGGGACCUUCCUGGAGCUGUCCACACCAGCUGCUCUACAGGGGGAAGGCACCCUCUCCUGCUAUGCCACAGAGACAGAAUCAGCACGGGGUGACCUGCAGAAUGGUCAGUAUGUAGAAGUUGAAGAGGCAUUGGUGUCUGAACCAGAAAAUGGAAGUCAUUCUGCUUUUUGGGUAUCAGAAAAACACCUGGGAUCUGGAAGUGGAUGUUCUGAGACCUGUGCGGAGUCCAGCACAGCCAUCCUUCAGCAGAGAAGAGCACCUCAGCCACACGAGAGCCCUGCUGUAGCAGGAGGACAGAAAACAUCCAAGGGCAAAGCCAGGCUUAAGGAGUUUCUCCAACAGUGUGACCAGGAGGACCUAGUGGAGUUGGCUCUACCACAGCUGGCUCAGGCUGUGACUGUAUACGAAUUUCUUCUGAUGAAGGUUGAAAAAGUUCAUCUGGCAAAGCCUUUUUUCCCAGCUGUAUAUAAGGAAUUUGAAGAGUUGCAUAAAAUGGUUAAGAAAAUGUGUCAAGAUUACCUCAAUACUUCUGGUUCAUGUUCUCAGGAGCCCCUGGAAAUAAGGAAUAAUAAGGUUGCUGAGUCAUUAGGAAUUACAGAAGAAUUCUGGAGGGAAAAAGCAAUUCAUCCAGACUGCAUUCUACCCAAUCAUCCCAGCCAAGAGAUGGAUGGGGAGCAGCUAGAGGAAGCUAGCAGACAGAAGAGGGAAAAUGAGGCGGCAGAGGAGGGGCUGGCCUCAGUAAAAAGGCCCAGAAGAGAAGCUCUCCCCAGGGACACCACAGAGUCUCUUGCUGCCAACAGUGGAGGCUGUGAGAAGCAUGGGCUCUUACGUGCUCCAACUGCCAGUGAGGGUUUAACCCCUCCAGUAAAUGGGAACAUGUCUCCCCAUUCUGAAGAAAACCAUACGAUGAUGGUUUCUGAUAGUAACAAAAGCAUCCUACAUGCAGGCCAGCAGCUGAAGACGUUUGCUGACUUAGAAGCCAGGAGUGGGUCUGUGGGCCCUCCUUCCUCCUAUCAGGAUGACAGUGGGUCAGUUCUUUAUACUCAGUUAGAAGAGCCCAGAAGUCUGACCCAGACACAGAGGGCGGCAUUCCCUGAAGAGAGUGCUCUGGAACAUUCUUCAGACCAGGACAUCAGGGACAGCCUGAGGAGCCCAGCUGUCUACAGCAUCUUGUCAUCAGGUAGAGGGGUGGAGUCUCUGCUGCCUGGUGGGUCUGGAAGUGCAGAGGCAGGAAACCUUCACAAGAUGUGCGACCCCCACCUCAACUGCCAGCAAUCCAGUCCUAGCAACGACCUGUUUACAGAGGUUAUAGCCCUUCCUCUUGAGAAAAUUCUGUCCCUGGAUAGCAUGCCAGUAGACUGCAUCUAUAGGACUGUGUCCAAGCCUGGGCCUCAGCCUGGCCCAGAUGGAUCACUAUUGACUGAAGGGUGUUUUAGAAGCCACUUGGGGUACCUGAACUGGUUCCCCUGUGGGGUAGAGGUGCAUUCUGGCCAGAGAGAACUGGAGGGCAUGGUUGUUAUAGGUGAGGCUGUGGCUUUUGAAAUGACCAAUGGGUGCCAGGAGUUAUUGUCUCAGGGACAAGAGCAGAUUUUUAUUCAGACUUCUGAUGGGCUUAUCUUGUCCCAUCCAGGUACAAUAGUGUCACAGGAGGAGGACAUUGUCAUAGUAACCAAUGCAGAGGGGCCUGCCUGCGGAUGGGCCCACCAGAAGGAGUUCCUCUGGAAACUGUGGAGUCAUUCUUCACUGUGGAGGCAGAGCCCUCACAGUGAAAAGGAGUCAGAUCCUAGAUAUGUAUGUAUUUUAUCCAAAGAAGAUCUGUUUCAAGCAAUGUAUAGUUUUCUAGUGUCAAUACUGACACAAAGGAACUUUUAUUUAUAAAGAAUAAUAAUGUCUUUCUUUUUUAUUGUUAAAUCAUAGCUGUGUACAUUAGUGCAAUCAAGGGGUACAAUGUGCUGGUUUCAUAUACAAUCUAAAAUAUUCUCAUCAAACUGUUCAACGUAGCCUUCAUGGUAAUAAUGUCUUUCUAUUCUAAUGUCUACAUCUCUGGGUAGAGUUUAUCAUAAUAAGGGCAGAUACAUUACCUAAUGACAUACCCCUCCAACAUAUCCAGCUCCCACAAACUAUUUAGGCAGAGUCUUGUUCUGUUGCCCAGGCUAUAGAGUGCUAUGGCCUCGGACUAGCUCACAGCAACCUCCAAUUCCUGGGCUCAAGCAAUCCUCCUGCCUGAGCCUCCUGAGUAGCUGGGACAACUGGUACGUGUCACCGUGCCUGGGUAAUUUUUCUAUUUUUAGUAGAGAUGGGGUCUUGCUUUGCUUAGGCUGAUCUUGAACCCCUGAAUUCAAUGGAUCCUCCUGCUUUCAGCCUCCGAGGGUGCUAGGAUUAUAGGUGUGAGCCACAGUGCUCAGCCUCUUAUAAGCUCUUGAUGACUGUUGGAAUUAACAUCACUACACUAUUCCUUAUUCAUAUGCCAUGCCUAUUCCCCCCAAACAGUCUUCUCUCCCCUUCUGGGUGAUAUGCUGGUUCAAUUAAAACAAUAAGCUAUCCAUUUUGGGCAACAUUUUAUUAAGAAAUAGGGAAACUUAGCCGGGUGUUGUGGCGGGCACCUGUAGUCCCAGCUACUUGGGAGGCUGAGACAAGAGAAUCGCUUAAGCCCAAGAGUUGGAGGUUGCUGUGAGCUAUGUGAUGCCAUGGCACUCUACCUAGGGCCAUAAAGUGAAACUCUGUCUCUACAAAAAUAAAUAAAUAGGGAAACAAAUUCAUUUCUUCUUUUUCUUUUUUUUUUUUUUUUUUUUGUUGUUGUUGCAAUUUGGCUAGGGCUGGGUUUGAACCCGCCACCCUCGGUACAUGGGGCCUGCGUCCUACUCACUGAGCCACAGGAGCCGCCCAACAAAUUCAUUUCUACUUGCAUUUUAUGGAUGAAGAAAGUGAGGCUUACAUGAUAGGAUGACUUAUUAAAACCCUAGUUCUUUGAUAUCCUA